AUGCUGUACAGGAUCACUCUGUUAGCAGUUCUUCGGCGACACAGAGAACAGUGGGACUCAAAAGGCACACUAGUGGCAGAGCAGGAAAGCACUGAGGAUAUUCCAGGGCGUAAAAAGUCCAAACUCAAGUCUCUGAAAACCCGUCUGUUCGGGAAAAGUAAGAGAGGAGGGGGGGAGGCCGAGGCCAAGCUCAGCCAGUCCUCCAGCGACAUCACUGCAGGAAAGGGACUCGGGUCUGAUGAAGAUUUGGCAUUCUCUGAGGGCAUCAUGGGAUUUCGGGCAUUGUCCCAUGACAGCAUCUUCCUGGCUGAUGACGUCCUGACAGACGCUGAGCCAGCCAGGGUCUUAUCGCAGGAAAACGUCCACAGCAAGAUCAAAGCUCUGCAGGUGAAGCUUCAGCAGCAGAAGAUGCAUUUGGGUCCGCCGCCUCUGGUUGUGCCAGUCAGACGUCCAGAGGAUGUGGGAAGCCGCUCAGAGGAUGAAAGUCUUCCCCACAGCCCCUCUGAGACCUCAGGAGCCCCCAGCAAGACUGCAUCUCAGCCAUCCUCUCGUCCGCUCUCCCCCAUCCCCAAACCUUCACAAAUCAAAUCAGUGCUCCUGACUCCCUCCCUCCCUCUUCCUCCUUCUGUCUCCCCCACUUCCUCUCCUUCUGUGGUUGAGACCCCGUUAGACUUCAGCUCUCCAGUCCAGUUCACCCCCUGCCUGGACACCUCUGCUGCCCGCCACCGCAUGUCCAUCAAGCCCAGGAAGCAGAGAGCCAGCACCAAGAAGACCCUCCCUUCAAAUGACUCAGAAUCUCACUUACACACCCUGAACAACAUCAACCACCCUGAGUCUGUGAGAGAAGAAUCACAGCAGCUCAUAACUGAAGCCGAGGUGACAUUGGAAAAAGGAGAGGAUGUCAUUCCCAUUACAUCCCAGCUUCUCCCUUCAAAAUCCCCAGAGGUCGCACCAUCGGAGGCAGCAUCCAAAUCACCCAGCCCGACGAUCUCCCCAAAGGAGCUUCCUGGGAAAUUGCCCUUCGUACCCUCCCAGGUACUCAGAGUGAAACCCAACAGAUCAGCGGAUGUGAAGCCCAGCGAACGGCCACACUCAUCCUUCAUACAGUCAGAACGGAGGGACAGCAGAGAGGACUUAGAUAUACAACUACUGUCCCAUGACAAGAGAAAUACGAUUAUAUCUGACCAGCACCCCACAGUUCAACAGCAGCUUCAAAGUGAGUCACAAAUCACAAGAGGAAUAAAGAGACCCACCCCAGGAUCCGGCUCCUUCCACUUCUCCAUCACCACCGCCAAAAAUCGUGGUGGAGAGAGACCCCGGUCAGGCAGUUUUGUGGAAAACACAGAAGCCCAGCAGAAGAAAGACAUUAGAGCAGAGGAUACAUUAUUUUCAAGCAUGAAGGAAAAGGAAGAACUUAAAGGGGCUGUGGGAAGACUUAGACAGGAAGCAGGUGUACACAAAAGCCCGGUUCUUCCAUGGGAGAGGGGGGACAGCCUCAAAAAGGUGGAAUCAGUGACACCAUCUAAUACAAAUGUGACCACAGUUACAGGCGCUGUCAAAGUGGAGGAAGUUGAGAGCAGCCAGGAGGUGGUGGAGGAGGCGCUGGAAGCAAGGGAGGUGGAGGAUGACGAGGGAAAGAUGGCGUUUGGGGUUAAACUGCGCUCCAGGAAAAUUCAGUCUGACGCCUCUUCCAACACUCCACCAGUGUGUGAGGAGCAGGUUGACAGACCUAAAAGACCAGAAAUAAGAGACCUACGACCAUCAGAUCCAGCCUCGUCUGGCUUCACUUUUCCACUGAAGAACAACCCUCCAUCUACCGGCAAUACUCGCAUCGUGGCGACAGAAAUCCAGACAACCUCGUCAAAUCUAAAAGAAGUUGAAGCUGUCGUCCCUGUGCCCCAGGAGCCGCAGCCCGCCCCCCCAACGGCCUCAUCUGAUGUGUCCUGGAUGAGCUUGGCAAUGGAAAAGACCAGGAGCAUACAGCAGCUUUUUACCAACAGAUUUCCCAGGGAUUUUACAGGCGGGCAGACAGCGCCUGGACCUCAAGCUCAGACAGAGGUGCAGAGUGGAACACAAGCACAGACUGUAAAAAUACAACAAAGCACAACACCACUCGAGGCUGCAAACCAACCUCCAACUGAGGCAGAAACAGGGAGAAGUGGAAGUGACGCACAGACUGGGAAACCGUCACUGAUUUCAACACAACAGAAGAUAUCUCCUGUUCAGUCCAACACCUGUAAAGAUCCACAAACAGCCAAACAAACCAGUGAACCUCAGUCAGCGUCUCAUCCUGCUGUGCAGACCAGGACAGCCCAGUCUCCUUUACACUCCUCUGCACAAACAGAGACAUCCUCUCAGUUAACACAGGGGAACGUCACACAGUCCCUCGCACAAUCUUACCUUUCCUCCGUUCAGCGGCAACCUUCCUGGAGCAAUCGAGGUCUUAAUGCUGCCAACCAUCUCAAAUCAACCUCAGUUUCUACAUCGGCUUCAGCCUCGCCUCCGGUUUCUGCCUUGGGAAAAGGGGAAAAAGAGACCACCGUGCAGGAGAAGGAGGGUCCAUCGCAGUCAGGAAGACGGGCAGUGUGGGCCGGGGCAGUGAGCGAGAAGGCAGCAUUUUUGGAGAAACGGGCAGAGUGGACCACUCCACCUGGAACCAAGGGGGUGGAAUUGAAGAAAGCUCAAACAGAGGAGCAGACAUCAGGUGAAUCCCCUGCCUCAGUGAAAACCACGCCUCUAAGCAAAGACAUCAAACAGGAGGGAAAACAAGGCGUAAAACUUGCAGAGUCAAGUCCGGCAAAUAUUCCUGACAGACCUCGUGAGGAAAAAUGGCCGCGGAAAACAGCGGUGACAUCUUCAUCGCCCUCAUCGUCGCCUCCUUUGCCAUCUGCGCUGCAGUCUGGGGGCGGCCAGCCGUCCUGGAUGGAGCUGGCCAAAAGAAAAUCAAUGGCCUGGAGUGACAAGUCCAUGGAGUGAGAGGGAAACAGAAAUAUUGUUAUGUUGUAUAUCUGUUUAGUCUAUCAGAAAGAUUCAUUUCUGUGUUUGUGUGUGUGUGUGUGUGUUCAUUUGUUAAGUGUUAAUGUUAAAUUAAGAGACAGAGAAUUUAUUGAAAUGUAAUAUAAUCAGUCUCCACAACAAGCACAUCACCAUAAAUUGUAUUUCUUAAUGAUGUAUCUGAUUCGGCAUGUUAACAGUUUACAUUAAAUAAUUUAAGAUACUAA